AUGGAAUGGCUAACGACUGACAAUGGGAGGAAGGAGUCAGCGAAGAAUAGUAUUAGGGGCGGAAUGAAUGAGGGCUGCGUGGAGUUUUUGCCGCUUAACAUCAACUCUCAGCUGCCUCAGGUCGAGAAUUGCACGUGGAGGUAUGAUGAGAAGAAUAAUAUCACCUCAGUGCAAUGCCAAACGCGUAUCCGAGGCCCGUUGACCAUUUUGACGUACUCUGCUGGUCAGAAUCUCCAACGGAGCAGCCUAAUUUUUAGUGUCGAAUCAUGGACAGCAAAGCCAAACGUUCAACUCAUGGUCGUACUAGAGCAGCUUGACAGCUUUACGCUCAGAGUGACCCGUUCUGACGAGCCGACAUGGCUCGUUCUCAGCAUUCCAUUCUUCUCGAAGAUCUACUACGUCUUGCAAAAGUUUCGAUGGGACCGAGGAAAUGGCAGCUGUGAGUACGCGUUCGUGAUUGGCCCACCGCUUCUCGAUUUGCACAAGAGCGAUCGAAAGUUAUGGACCUUCAGUGAUCGAGUCCCAUUUGUCGGGCAGUACCUCUUGGCUAGCGUCUACAGUAUCCACGUGCCGCCCGGUUGCACGCCGGCCAUCGCUGUCGUGCCACAUAAAAUCUACGCAUGGAUGGAUAGCCAAACGCAAGAGCUUUGCUCGGGCACCGUCGUGAUCACUACAGCACAGUACAAGUCAUCGUUUGACUAUUUGAAUUGGAAUGAACCACUCGCGGAACUAUCGGCUGAAAUAUAUUGUGAAAGAUACCCAAUCGAUGUCAGCGUCGAGGUGGUCGAGUUGCUGAGUGGCCGUUUGUCGCUCGACUUUUUCGACCAGAUGAACGGACUGCUUGGAAAUAUAAGUCUCACCGCCGACAAAGCGCCACCGAUGCCUUGGAAUCACAUGGUACCGCGAGCUCAACUUCUAACUAUUUUCUGGUCGCAAGAGGGCGAUUUUGAACAGGAAGAUGGUUGCUUUUUGAGGGUAACGGCUACGAGAUCGAAAUCGAGUUAUGUCGAUGGCGUUACUGUACCAAGUCUACAAAAGGGAAGAGACAUCUAUCAUCUUUUACAAAGCUUCUUAGUGAUUUUGGCUACCGAGCUUUGCUUAUCACUU